AUGUAUGAUGCUAAGCAUGCUUCACUGCCCUUAGCUGCUCAUUUUAUGUUGAGUAAAAACCUAUGCCCUCAAUCUGAAUAUGAUAUCAAUGCUAUGAAGAAAGUUCCCUAUGCAAAUGCUAUUGGAUCUGUGAUGUACUUGAUGGUUAGUACUAGGCCUGAUAUUGCCUAUGUUGUGUCUUGCUUGAGUAGAUACAUGUCUAAUCAUGGUCCUGCUCAUUGGGAAGCUUUGAAAUGGUUGUUGAGAUAUCUUAAGCAUACUGCAAAGUAUGGUCUAUGCUAUUCUAAAUGUGAAGAAGGUGUGAAACUUGCUGGUUAUGUUGAUUCUAACUAUGCUAAUGAUAGAGAUAAGAGGAAGUCCACCACUUCCUAUAUCCUUACUGUGAGCAGAGCUUGUAUUAGUUGGAAGUCACAAUUGCAGCACAUAGUGGCUCUAUUCACUACUGAGUCAGAAUACAUUGCUAUAACAGAAGCUAUGAAAGAAGCUGUGUGGCUGAAGGGAGUGCUUUCUGAACUUAAUUUUGAGAAAACUCCUCCUGUUGUGUUCUCUGAUUCUCAAUUUGCAAUUCAGUUAUGUAAAAAUCAUGUUUUCCAUGAUAGAACUAAGCACAUUGAUGUAAGAUUCCAUUACAUUAGAGAUAUUUUAGAAAAAAUGUGA